GGUCGUGGAAGCAUCUCGCGCGCACUGGACGCCGGGAGCUGCGAGCGCACACAACGUAUCCACACGAGCACGAGAGAGGCUGGACCACAGGCCCACACCUUUCCCGUAACCAACCUCACCAAUAUGUUCAUUGGCAUCACCUCUAGUGGAGACAACGUCAAUUCCCAUUACGAUUACUUAAUUUGAACGCCGAAGCUGUCGUGUACCAGGAUUUACUAAGAUCCAUAACUACAAUGGCGCUAGACUUUGUAGCUGGAUGUAUCGGAGGCUGUGCUGGGAUUAUAGCCGGGCAUCCGUUGGACACCCUGAAAGUGCACGUGCAAUCAGGCAGAGGAAGCGCGCUGGAAUGCACCAAAAGCCUAUUGAAAGGAGGCACACUCUCCACGGUUUAUCGUGGGGUGGGGGCGCCUUUGGGAGGAGUAUCAGCGGUGAAUGCCAUAGUUUUCGGAGCUUAUGGAAACACUAGGAGAGCGCUGCCUGAUCCUGACUCGUUGAAAACGCACGCAACGGCCGGCGCGGCUGCUGGACUCAUGCAAAGCUUAGCCUGCGCGCCUGUUGAGCUAGUAAAAACCCGGCAGCAACUUUCAAGACCAGGAGACGGCAUGCCCGGAGGAGCUUGGGCGGGAGCUCGACACAUAUUACGAACGGGCGGGAUUCGAACUCUAUUCCGCGGAUUAACGAUCACGGCCGGCCGCGACUGCCCCGCAUUUGCGAUCUAUUUCACGACGUAUGAGAUGAUGACGCGCGACGACCGGUCGGUGAUGACGGUGUUCACGGCGGGCGGAGUCGCGGGGGCUCUGUCCUGGGUGCUGUUGUAUCCUGUUGACGUGGUGAAGUCGCGGCUGCAGGGGGACGUGGUUGGACGGUAUGCAGGCGCGUGGGACUGCUUCAAGCAGUCGGUGCGUUCGGACGGCUGGCGCUGCUUAAGCCGCGGGUUGGGCGCGGUGACGCUGCGCGCUUUCAUCAGCAACGGGGCGUGUUUUACUGCCGUGGCGUGGACGGAGCGGAUGUGGCAGGAGCAGGCGCUGGCUGGCGAGCCUGCCGCUGUAGCCGCCGCGCACUCGCUCUGCGCCUCCACCGUCAUGAGCGAGGCCGUUUGUCAAGAAAGCGCCGACUACUGAUCUGAUAAAGUUCUGAACACACCUUACGCGAGUGAUGACCGGACAAGGUCGACAUUGUACAGUGUUAUCGUUGUUAUUAAUUGCUUUGUAUUUUUAUAACUGAAGAGGAAAAGGGACGGCCGCUUCUCCAUACAAACGUAGUCCCCAUUUUUCUCUCUGGUCAUUGAUAUUAUGAAAAAUAUAUUUAUAAUAUAAUAAUAAUAAUUCAGCCUAUAUACGUCCCACUGCUGGGCACAGGCCUCCUCUCAUGUGCAAGAGGGCUCGGGCUAUAGUCCCCACGCUAGCCCAAUGCGGAUUGGGGACUUCACAUACACCUUUGAAUUUCUUCGCAGAUGUGUGCAGGUUUCCUCACGAUGUUUUCCUUCACCGAAAAGCUAGUGGUAAAUAUCAAAUGACAUUUCGUACAUAAGUUCCGAAAAACUCAUUGGUACGAGCCAGGAUUUGAACCCACGACCUCCGGAUUGAAAGUCGGACGUCAUAUCCACUCGGCUACCACCGCUUCUAUGAAAAAUAUAUUUACAUAAUUUGAUGGAUACUUAUAUUAACCAUUCGUUUGACCUUUUUCGAAUUUUUGAGUAUUAUAAGAAUUAGGAGCGAAACACUUUUCCAUAGAAAGGUUUUUACAUUAAAUUAUUUGUUAAAUUUAAUGUUCCUAUAUCUUAUAAUAAUAAAAAAGUCGAAAAAUCAAAAGAAAGGGUGCUGUGGUUUAUAUAAAUCUAAUUGUGUUAAAAUAUCUACAAUAAUGUUAAUAUCCAGAGGAAAAUGAGGACUACGUUUGUAUGAAAAGACGAUUUCGCGCGGCCGGCCACUUUUGUCUUAAGGCGCAGGGUAGGGCAAGGCAUUCUUCAUACAAACCUUGUGCAAGUUUUAUUCGUUAGUUUUGGCACUAUAGCAUUUAAUUUAAUUUUAUGCUUGUAUAUUUUGGAUAUACGCAGAACUUGAUGUAGAUUUUUUUCCUUAUUAAAAAAAAAUACAAAAAAAAUAAAAUAAUAAUCUAUCAAGCCUAGUUAACAGAAAAAUAAGCAUAUUUACCAAAAAAAAUAACUGUAGCGCAAACACAAACGAAGAAAAACGCGCACAACGUUUGUAUGGAAAGAGCUUGCCCUACCCUUCGCCUUAAAUCAAAACAUGGGGCAUGUAGGUAUGAUAAUAAACCAUUUGUACAGCAA